AACAUGCAGGAUUUUGACUUUGAACCCUCCUUGAACACACUUUGAACACUCCUGAUUUACUGCAUCAGAACGGCGUGGCUCGGCUGAUGUGCAAUGGAAAACCAGGUUGUUUUGAUAGCCAUCUUCAGGUCAACUGCGUUGUUGGGUCUGGGUUUUCUCAUCUUCAUCUUGAAUAGAUUCUCUAUGAGAUUUAGGUCUGGUGACGUGAUGCCUCAGUGUGAGUUCAGACUCGAGUGCGAACCAAAGGGAGCUCAGCACAACACCUGUAGGCCCAACGAUCUGCCCAACGGUCACAUUCCUGAUGCAUGUUGGGUUAAGAGGGCAAGGCGCCGACAUAGAGCCAGCAAGAGUACUAAUGCUGGCUCUCUGGACUGUAGAGACGGGAGUACUAGCGCUGUGUCUAAGAAGAACCCCUGGAAACAUAAAGAUGCUUUUUCACCUGUCACCAAUGGUACGCCAGCUGGAAGACGGAGAGUUGCAGAUGAGUCUCGGUACACCACAGCCAACGGCCACCAACAUGGAGCCAGCGAGAGUACUAAUGCUGGCUCUCUGGACCGUAGCGACAGCAGUACUAGCGCUGUGUCUCCGAAGAACCCUCAGAAACAAAAGGAUGCUUUUUCACCUGUGGUCAAUGGUACGCCAGCUAGAAGAUGGAGAGUUGCAGAUGUGCCUCGGUACACCACAGCCAAUGGCCACCAACAUGGAGCCAGCGAGAGUACUAAUGCUGGCUCUCUGGACCGCAGAGACUGGAGUACUAAAGUUGUGUCUCCGAAGAACAGUGGGAAACAAAAGGGUGCUUUUUCACCUGUCACUAAUGGUACGCCAGCUGGAAGAUGGAGAGUUGCAGAUGUUCCGCAGUAUGCUACGGCCAAUGGUGCCGCCAGGUUUGGUGUCACUCAGUACCAUAAGCCUGAACAAGCGGCGCCAGAUCCCAGCUUUCCUGCAUCCAAGAAGAAACGUUGGGGAAAGAAACGCUCCGGAAACAAGAAGAAAAGAGGUGCGGACAUGACCUUUCCAGAAGGCCAUAAGCCACUCCUGAUGUCCUUGCAAGAGAAGGAAGACUGGGACGAAGAGAUCCAAGAUGUCACCCUCAAAAAGAGGGUGGAGUUGAAUGUAGUGACCGUGCCUUAUGGUCCGGAGGAUGUGCUCCACUUCUCUCUGCAGGAUUUGUCACUUCGGCAGAGCAACAUGGCCGAUCCACCGGUGGCGGCUAAUUACAGUCCAGCUGUGCAUCACGCACACCCGAUGCGGUGGCGCCGCUACCGCUUUGCCACUGAAUCAGAGCAGUUUGCAGACGCAGAGGAGGAGGGCGAGGAGGCGGGCGGUAGUCACAUAUCCUAACCAACGUCUUAUGAGACCUUGGUGCUUAGCGUUUUUUACAGUUGUCCCUAUGCGGGGAUCCUGGAAAGUAGGUGUGUAUAGAAUAUUUGUCAUGUGGUCUUGUUUUUCCCCACGAAUACGGCUUCGUUUUCAUAAAUUAAAAGGUAAAUAUUUACUUAAAUUUCAGCAUCAAAUAUGUUAGUUGUCUUAAAUUAUAAGAUAGCAUAAGUUGUAUGUAGUUUCUUCUAUGUUAUCUGAUCAUUUGUUUUAGGAUUUUAGUUUUUUUUGUUGUUUUUAAAUGAAUCAUUUAGAAUAUUUAGCUUUAGCCUUUGUGGUCUUAAAUGUUUUUAGUUGUCUUCCAGACUUUGUUGUUCUGCUAUAUUUCGUGUUUUUACGUUUUUAAAUAUAACUGUAAUAGUUUUGUUUUAAAUGGCCAAAAGACUGCUGAGGAUGUUGAUGGUGGAUCAUUUAGGAAAAAAGUUUCAAAGUGUUUAUAAAAUAGCACGUUCAUCAACAUGUAGUUGUAGUUUGUAUUAAUUUAUUAGUAAAGAAAGUACUCUUCGAAGUGGAAGUAUGGUUUAUGUAACACCAACAAAUCAGCUUGUUCAUUUUCUUUGCCAGAAUAAAAGAUUUUCCUCAGA